UACGCAGUUAGCUUAUAAAUUAAAUAGGGUAUUGAGUUUGUGUCUAAGUUGGCAUGUCAUCGGUAUAUGAUUAGUGACAUUUGUAAAUAUGUAAAUAUAAAUUGAUAGAAUCAAAAAUAUUACUUGAUGCAUUUCUUAACAUUUGUAAAUAAUAUUGAUAAAUUAAUUUACAGUAGUUUAUUCAUGUGAAUAUUCAAACCUAACCUAUUAGACUGUUUAUAAUCUCAGUAAAUGUGUUAAUAAUUUUAUUGGCAUAAUGAUUUCAUUUAGAAUCAAACAAUGUGUGCUUCAAUCUAACAUAUCUUUUUUUAAACGAUCCUUUUUUUGCUCUGCUAUUUGGAAUGUUAGCAAUGAAGUACAGUUAAUAUCAAAUGAUCAAACUGCAUUAAAUAAUGCAUCAGACUUAUAUCAGGGAACCAAAAAAUUAGUCAAAGUAGCAAUUCUAGGUUUACCAAAUGCUGGAAAAAGUACAUUGGUAAAUAAACUCAUAAACAGAUCCGUAUGUCCGAUGUCUUCAAAAGUUCAUACUACAAUGCAUAAAGCAGAAGCAAUAUAUACAGAAGGAGAUACUCAAAUUGUAUUUAUGGAUACUCCUGGAUUAGUAGUAUCUAAAGAAAUAAAGACUUAUAAAUUAUCAGAUUCAUUCAAAGAUGAUCCUAAAAUUGCACUCAUUGAAGCAGAUAUUAUUGGGAUAGUACAAGAUGUAACUAAUAUAUAUACUAGACAUAAGAUUGAUGACUUUGUCCUUAAUUAUAUAAAGGAAAAAAGAGAAGACUCACAACUAUUGAUGAUUCUUAAUAAAGUAGAUAAAUUAAAAAAAAAGGAGGCAUUGUUAGAAGUUACAAGACUAUUAACAAACAAAGAGAAUUAUCCAAAAUUUGAUGAUAUUUUUAUGAUAUCUGCACUUAAUGGAGAUGGUGUGGAUGAUUUAAGGAAUUAUUUGCUCGACUCAGCUAAAGUAAGUAAUUGGAAAUAUGAUGAAAAACGUUAUAGCGAUCAACCAGCUAAAGUUAUAAUAGAACAGACAGUUAGAGCUAAAUUAAUGGAUAUACUUCCAUAUGAAAUGCCAUAUAAAAUAAAAAUAAUAACAGAACAUUUUGAUUUGGGUGAUGAUGGUAGUAUUAAUACUGUUAUAACAUUACAGUGUCCUAAAACAAGAUAUGUCUCCGUAUUAUUAAAAUCAAAAGCCCAGAAGGUUAAAUGCUUAUCAUUUUACAUAGAGAAAGAAUUACGUCAUGCAUUUAAAACUAAUGUAAUAGUUUGUAUAAAUGUAACAUGUGCAAAAUCUGAAACUCAACUAAAUAAAUAAAGUCAUAAUUUUAUAAAUGA